AUGGCUGCGCGAGUGGCUCCAACUCUUCAGGACCCCGAAGAGCUGGUGAGUCACGCAGGCAGCACACCUCACGACCUUGCAAAGGACGGCGAUGACAAGAAGGUUUUCGUGGCUCUGCUGAGUGGCAAAGACUGUGAAUGCCUGUGGUUGCAAGACCGGACUAUCCGACAGCUGAAAGAAGAAGCUCAGCAAAAGCUGGAUAUUGCUAUAAAGCACUUGAUUGGUCACAACAUGGAGCCGUUGGAUGAAGAGAAGAUGCUCGCAGAAGAAAACGUCAUGCCUGGCACAACGCUGACGGUCGUUGCAGUAAACCAGGCAGCAGAGGAUGAGAAAGAAGCGGCAGAAUGCAACAACGACAUCUUCACGGCGGCCUACCGCGGUCACCUCGGGGGGGUCCGGCACCUCCUGCGGACGGUGCCCGGCGCCGUGGCCAGGAUUAGCAACUUGGGCCGCACCGCCCUGCACUACGCGGCGGGCGAAGGCUACGCGGAGAUGUGCCGGGUGCUGCUGGCAGCGGGGGCCGAUGUGGACGCCAGUGGCGGCGACGGUGAGACCCCGCUGCAUUGGGCGGCGGAUGACGGCCAAGUGGAGGUGGUGAACCUUCUCCUCGAGGCGAAAGCCUCCGUCACUGUGAAAGACGACAAAGGCCGGACUCCAUUGGACCAUGCACGAACACAGGGCAAGGAUGAAGUUGUGAAGAUUCUGGAGAGUGCAGCAUGA